UCCGACUUUAGCAACAGCUUUUCUAGUUUAUGGGCGGGGGGAAUUGCACAAAUAUGUGCUGCCUCAGGGUGGCAUCCUUGCGAAGACGUCUGCCAACCGCAUCGACCUGGAAGAUCCGCAACUCCGCGCGUGCAGGGCUCCGUCGUUUCGGAGACUCUGGCAUUUAUCUCGCGGCACGUACCCGGUUGGAGGAGAGCAGAGAAGACAUACGGCUCACACGAAACUGAAAGGUGUGUGUCAGGGUGCGAGAACAUGCGAAGGGCGUGAAGUGAGAGAGCACAAGCGGAGCGAGCUGCAGAGGAGCUUUCACGAUGGAUUUAAUCGAGGUGUCCGCCUUGAACCCACUGGACGAGUACGAACUCAUCAGCAGGGCGGGGAGCGGCACGUACGGGGACGUCUUUAAGGCUCGAAACAUAAAGACAUCGGAACUUGCAGCUAUAAAAAUUGUCAAAUUAGAUCCUGGUGAUGACAUCUCUUCAAUUCAGCAAGAAAUAACAGUGAUGCGAGAAUGCAAGCACAAAAAUAUUGUGGCUUACUUUGGCAGCUAUCUCAGAAACAAUAAAUUGUGGAUAUGUAUGGAGUUCUGUGGUGGAGGUUCACUACAAGAUAUUUACCAUGUAACUGGACCUUUAAAGGAGAAGCAAAUAGCAUAUGUCUGCAGGGAAACUUUACAGGGCUUAUAUUAUUUACACAGCAAUGGGAAAAUGCACCGUGAUAUAAAGGGAGCAAAUAUUCUGCUGACAGACAGAGGUGAUGUUAAAUUAGCUGAUUUUGGUGUUGCAGCAGAAAUUAAUGCAUCUGUAGCCAAGAGGAAGUCCUUUAUAGGAACGCCAUACUGGAUGGCACCUGAGGUGGCUGCUGUAGACAAGAAAGGUGGUUAUGAUCAGCUGUGUGACAUUUGGGCUGUUGGUAUCACUGCCAUUGAGUUGGCUGAAUUGCAGCCUCCCAUGUUUGAUCUACAUCCAAUGAGAGCACUGAUGUUGAUGUCCAAAAGUAAUUUCCAGCCUCCAAAGUUGAAAGAAAAGGCAAAAUGGUCUUCUGAUUUUCAUACUUUUUUAAAAGUUGCACUUAACAAAAACCCAAGGAAACGUCCAACAGCAGAAAAACUUUUACAGCACUGUUUUUUGACUCAACUACUAAGUCGUACUCAAGUAAUUGAACUUUUGGACACUGUGAAUAACCCUGACAUGACAUUUGGACACUCAAUAGAUGACAGUGAUCUAGAGACAUGUGAUGCUUUCCCUGAUAAAAUUCACUCCAUAGGAAAACAUCCCAAUGUGGAGAGAACACACUCAGAACUGCAGUUUAAUCAAGUAAAAUUUUGCCCUCCUCUACGGAAAGAAACAGAGCCUUAUCCCGAUCAGGUGUCAGAUGACGAGUGGAAUUUUGAUAGGGAGGAUCACAGUAGUCCGGGUCUUUUGGAAUCCGUGGAACAGGCACUACAGGAAAGGAGUCUUACAAUCAAGAAAAGCUCGACUACUGAGUGGAACUCUUUUGAUGAUGACAAAUGCAGUACCAUCAAGCAUGCAGGAAGAAAUUCACCUUCACAAGCAUCUGGUUUUGGUCUUCAGUCUUCAGCUACAUCUGAGAAGGGCUAUAGUAGCAAAGGUCAUCUCCUUAAUGUAAAUGCGAGCUAUCCAUCUGGGCAAAAUACUGAUACAUCUAAAAAAUAUGCUGGAGAUCCUCACAUUUCCCCAGAAUGGGCAACUCUGCAUCGAAACACUGAUUCGAGGGCUGCAUCCCAUGGACUUCCUCCAACACCAAAGGUCCAUAUGGGUGCCUGUUUCUCCAAAAUUUUUAAUGGAUGCCCCCUGAAAGUGAAUUGUGCAAGUACAUGGAUAUUUCCCAAGACCAAAGACCAGUACUUAAUUUUGGGUGCUGAAGAAGGAAUCUACACUUUGAAUCUGAAUGAGCUUCAUGAAGAUACUAUAGAAAAGUUGGUUCCACAAAGAUGUACAUGGCUUUUUGUAAUGAACAACAUAUUAAUGUCCGUCUCAGGAAAAUCUCCUCAUCUCUAUUCUCACAAUUUGGUGGCACUAUUUGAUCAGAAAAGACAACUUCAGAAGAAACAAGGACACCUGUCUAUCAGCUCAAAUCGUCUGACUGAGAUCAUUAAUAGGAAGUAUGCUUCUACAAAAGUUACAGAUACCAAGGGAUGUCAGAGAUGCAGUGUAGUACGAAAUCCCUACAUGGACAGUACUUUCCUUUGUUGUGCAUUACAUUCCAGUUUGGUGCUGCUACUUUGGUAUGAGCCUCUGCAGAAGUUCAUGCUACUGAAGAAUAUUGAAGUUCAUCUCCCUGAGCCUCUUUCAGUUUUUGAGCUUCUUGUUCGGGAGAAUGAUGACUUGCCUCUGGUGUGUGUAGGCGUCAGAAAGAGUAAACGAACCAAUCAGGAUCUGGAGUUUGACAUAAUUCACCUUAAUGGAUAUUCAACUCCUGAAACAGAUAGCCCUCCAGUCAAAGCCAUUCAGGUGACACAGCUAGACAGAGACACGGUGCUAAUUGCUCUCGAAAAAACUGUGAAAAUAGUUAAUCUUCAAGGGGUGCCAGUUCCAACACUUGUUUCAGAGCUUUCCUUUGACUUUACCAUUGAGACACUAGUUUGUCUGCAGGAUAGUGUUCUUGCAUUUUGGAGACAUGGUCUUGCUGGGAGGAGCCUUGAGGGCAAUGAGGUAACACAAGAGAUCACUGAUGAGAGUAGAGUUUUUAGAGUACUUGGAACAAGCAGGGAUAUUAUUUUGGAAAGCACACCAACUGAGGAUCCUUCUGCUCUGAGUAACCUCUAUAUUUUGACAGGUCAUGAAAGUAGCCUUUGAGAUGUAAAGACCCACUAUACAGUAAAAAUAAAUGGUGGUGUGUUUAGAGAGCCAAAACGUCGGACUACAGAAAAGCACAAAAUGUUAGAGAACUUAAAUUUGCCUUUAGAUUAAGGCUGGUAUCAGUUAAUUUAUGGCACUGUUGGUAAGUGCCUUGAGAAAUGAUGGAUUUAAUACUUACCUCAGGAACAAGAUGUCUUCCAUAGUUCUGUGUACUGCAAAAUUGAAGAGUCUUUAUUGUAAUGUCCCAGGAUGAUGCUGUUUGACUAACAUCUUUUGAAAAUCAGCUGAAUUAAAUUGACAUUUUACAUAUUGUUGCUUUUAAACACAAAACUUUUGUGGAGUUAAAAAAAAAAGUGUUGCACUUUUUAAAUUCACAUUUAUUAUUCACAUACUUCCAGCAUUCUGACAAGAUUCUUCAGUAAUAAAAAUAAACCUUACGAACUAUUGCAUUUCUUUGAAAUCUGCAGACAGGUAGAAUAUCUGCUAUCUGUUCUGAAUUACUUUGAAUGGACAAUGAAGAAAGGUGUAAUAAUAAACUUUAUAAGGUGAAACAAAGUAAUCCUUUUCAAAAAUAAUAAAUAUCUAUUUGUUUGGUACAGUUUAUGAUAUUUUUGUACUAUGCUUAAAGGUUAGAAGUUAAUAUAAGAAUAUCUACUUUUACAAUUCACUAAGGUUUAUUGAUGCAAUCUACAUUACAGACUACAGUAUAAAACUUUUAAUGAUACAAUUGUUCAUUUAAUGUAAGCUGCUUUGCCGUACUGUUUUUAAGAUAAGAAAACAUAUUUUUUUAUUUUUCUUGUGAUGUUCAGUUUAUAGCAUCUGCCCAAUUAAUAAAACAACCUUAAUAUGAUAAAACUAUUUUCCAUGGUUAGUGCAAAUACAUAUGGAAAAAAUACAAAUUCUGUUAUUAUUUACAGAAUUCUUUAAAACUGUAAAAAAAGAAAAAUGUUUUGGAGAUGAUACAACUCUCUUCAGAUAAUUGGUGUAUAAAUGCAAAGUUAUGAUCUGUCCUUUGAUACCUUUGUAUGUUUUUUUGCCUUUCUUGGAGUUUUUGAGUUAAGGCACAAUUUUUUGAACAAAGCAAUAAUUGAUACACUAGAAGCCUACUUAAAGUAAAGGUUGGUAUUUGCUGGUUUGUUUCACAUUAUUUGUCUUUUCCUGAGGUCUUUUGGGAAAGACAUUAAGACAUAUUAGUGCUGAGAUUAUCAGUAAUAAUCAGCAAACAAUCAGAAACAGAGAUAUUAUUUAAAUAACAGCAGCUAACACCUUAUACUCUGUUGGACAUUUAAAUAUGUUCAAUAAAUUUAUGACUCUUUAUGCCCUUUGUCCUUCCAUGAAAAAAAUGUACUAAGCAAUUUAUUCCAUAUUCAUUGAUCAUUACUCAGAUGAAAAAUGCUUCAAUGUGUUUUGUUAGAUGACGUUUAGUACAUGCCUGUUAAGAACCUGGCUUAAUUUACUCUUUAGAACAGGUAUUAUGCUGUGUAUAUGUAUGUUUCUUUUACAGAAACUUAGUGUAUGGGAUGCAAGUUGCCUCAUAAAGGUUAUCUCAUACAUCUGUUGUAGUGCAUUAGUACAGGAUUUGCUAUAAGGAUUUUCCUGACCUGAAUUUUUUUCACACUUUUUUAUUUUAUAAUCUGGAAUCUUACUUAAUUCUGAUUUUUUGCACUAUGAAACAUAAACAGUGUAGAGUGUCAAAGUCAAAAUAAUCUACAGCUAUUUCCAAAUUAAUUAUAAAUAAAAAACAGAAACAUGUUUUUACAAUUAUCUCUUUAGUUAUUUUUUGAUAGAGGCAUAUUUUAGUCUUUUACUGUAAGUGUGUAUUAACUUUGCUCAUUUGAAUACUGCAGUUCUCAUUGUAGAAAUUGUCAUGCCUCCCUUAAGUUGGAUGAAACUGAUUUUUUCCCCAUACAUUUAAACCUGUGUGCUAAUAAAGGGAUUGGGUAUUUGGGUUCAGACAUUAAAAUGUGUAUGUGGUUAUGAAUAUCUUAGAAAAAUAUCUUAGAAAAAUAAUCAUUUAUAUGAAACACCUAUUGUACUUUUUGUGGAGGACAGAAAUAAUCUUACACAAAACAAAUUAAUAAUUGAAGAAAAUGCUAAAGAAUGUUAAUAGUUGAAAACCUUUAUUGUAAAUUAUUCUGUAGUAAUUUAAAAAUUGUUUAAUUACACUACACUACACUUUUAUCUAUAGAGUUAAAUAAUAUAUUGCAUUUUUCAUCCUGUGAUUUUAAUAUCCAGCCACUUCAUGCAUUUUACAAUAUUUUUAUUUAUACAUUGUAAUUUACAUUUUGUUUUUAUUUUCAAACCAUGCACAAUUUUCUAUAAACAUGUACAGUGGUUUUUGGUCAACAGUGAUUCAUUUUACUUACAGUUUUCAUUUUGCCUUUACCAGCUACCAUUCAGUAUCUUACUACCUCCGUAAUGUGUUUUUUUCCCUUGUCCAUUAUAUAAUCUUGAUUCCAACAUGCAUAAUGCAGUAAGGCAAAGUAAUAAGUUUUAAUUGUGAUUAUACCCUUUCCACAUAGAUACAAGAUUUAAUUUCUGUUUUCUCUGUCAAUGUUGCAAAAGUUAAUAAGUGAAUGUUUUUGUUUAUAUUGUAAAGAAAUUUGUUAUUAAUUAGGGAUCUGACAAACCUUAAGCUGAAAACCAGGCUAAAAACUAAAAUGACACACCCACAAGUAGCCCUUGCAGUAUCUGUACUGUCUGCUAUUAGGUCAAAAUAUUUGUGAGCAUAGCUUUAAAGCUGUUGCACGGGCAUUAACAAAAAGCACACUGUAUAUAGUAGUUAACAAAGUCAUUAAAGAAUUAAUCAGGACCAUUCCAUACAAAAAAAGACUAUGACUAAAUGCGCAUUACCCAUUCUGUAAUUUCCGCUUUCCCUAUCUGCAACUAAAAGUCAUUUGUGAAAGACAGCUUGUACUGCAUUCUUGAGGAUGUAGGUGAACUUGGCAAUAGUAAAUGAACAUACCGAACCUUAUUGAAGACAUGGACAGGCUUAAGAAACAUUACACAAUGAAGCAUGUUUCCAAAUAAAGUAAUAGUAAUCUUUAGUUCUAGCAAGUACAUGGGUCAAAGAAAUUCUGUGAACAAGUACUGAAGAAGUGAUAUUUUUAUAUCCUGAUGGUACAAGAGUCUGUAGAGGUUUGCACAUUCAGGUUCUCCUAUUAUUUAUAUGCAGUAGAUAGACAGAUAGAUUAAUAUUAUCUCUCUCUAUAUCAACCUGUCUCCAUGGAGAAAUUUGGAUUUUUAUAGAAGCUCAGUAAAUAAAUAAACAGAUAAAUAUAUAUAUAUAUAUACAGUGGAAUUAUAUAGUGAAAUAAUCAGCCUUAACACACAGACAAAGGUUUAGGGCAGCCAUCUGUAUACUUAAUCCCUGGCUACAAAAGGGCAAAUAUAAGCAAGAGUUGUGAACAGUUGAGGUAAUCUGGCUUUUAUAGUAGGUUGGGGGAAGUGACAUCAUCUGGGGGCCAGAAUCGGAAGUGAUGUUCUUGGGGUUGGAACCAGAACUGACGUCUUCAGGGCCGGACUCUGGCAGAAUUUCACAUCUUUGAUCUGCCGAAAUAUUAUUUGGAAAGAUUAGUGCACCCUGCCGCCCUUGCCUGACGUGGAAUUACCUUUGAUUGGUCCCUCUAGCUGCCUCCCAUGCGCAUGUGUGUGACUAUAUAUAUAUUUAUAUUAGGGGGCUCACCCACUGCUCGCUUUGCUCGCCAACCCCCCCAGCCUGCGCCAGCCACUUCGCACCUCUGCCACUCACGUUGUGAAAAGGGGGGCUGAACGCACCAUAAGGAGAUGCAGUCGCUCCUCCGAAACCCCCUCUUAAACGGUGAUACAAUGGGAAACAAAUUUUUUUUUUUUUCCUCCUGUUUGCUCGAUCAGCUGCUGGAUUGCUGCUGCUGCCGUGCUGUGUGAUUUGCAUCUAGCGCAGCACUUUGAACAUUUAAAAGCCUGUACAGCAGGCUUUGUCUUUUAUUUCCAGCCCCAGGCGUGGUUAAAUCUCUUGGCACAAAGUAUCGUCUUGCGGGACAAGAGUUCUUGAUAUUUUUUAGUUUAUAAUUUAAAAACGGAAUAAGAUUCUGAAAAUCUAACAACAUCACAUUAAAGUUUGAUAAAUUCUGAAAAGUAUGAUACCAAACAUAUAUAUGUAGAUUUUAAAAUAAGCUCGAUUUAAAGCGUGACUUCUAGGCUUAGUAUUUUAUAUAUAGAGAGUAAAUAUAUAUACAGUAUUAGGGUGUUUCAUUUUCUAAGGCAAAAAAUAAAAUGUAAAAUUUUUGCAGGCUUUGCUUACGCCCCGAGUCUCAGUGAUAUAAAAGAUAUAUAUGCCAAAUUUCAAGAAGAUUGGAUAAUAUUUAGAGGUUGCACUCUUUGAUCAGUUUUGUAAAAGUAGGCAAAAAAUAUGAUUUUUCAAUGUUAAUUACUUUUAUUGGGAAAACUAGAAAUCACAAACAAAGUAAUAUUAAAACUAGACACUAAGAUUAAUAGGUAGUAUGCAAAACAUGUGUUAUAUUAAUCAACUUUGAACGAUGCAAUCCCUUCUUUUGUUCGCUUGGUGACGACUUUUCUGUGAUGCUUGACUACCCUCAACAAGAAUUGUUUUUGUUGUUUGUCCCUGACCAAUUCGUUAAACUUUUUUAUCAGAGCAAUUCCUCUUUCUGCGGUAUCAUUGACCACCUUAAGAGCAUUCACAUGGCUUCUUAGAGAAUCACUGCAGUAUUCUGUCACGUCGUGGAUCCCAAACAAUUCAAAGAACGUCUUUGUUUUAUUAGUAACGAAAUGGCUCAGGUCUUUUCCUUCAAAAACUAGGUUUUUACCCUCUAAUCGUUUCAUUUCCUUUUUCUUUGCAGGUUUGGUUUCUAAAGUUUUAGUCAUAUUUUCCUUUUCAGCCUGAGUAAUACGUUCGUCCAUAAAAGCCAAUCCUACGUUUGUUUCUGACAGAUACCAAAGGUGUCUCUUAGCAACUGUGAGAACACUUUUUUUGACGUCUGCAUCUGGGUAAGUGCUCAGAAGCUGUAGCAUAUCCAAAUCGUUCUUUGGAGCCCAUCGACUUACAAUUGCCUCGUGCCAAAAGCGACCAUAUAUGAGGCUGCAAAAUGUGCAACCCGUUUCAUUCCUUUCAAUUUUCGUUGAGGAAUAUUCAACUGUUUAGUGAAGAGGACAAUUUUAAGUGCAUAUAUUUCCUUUGCCAUCCACCUUGCUUGAUGCAGAGCCCCUGGGAUCCUGAAACUGAAUAUUAGAAAUUUCACUAGUUUGAAAUAAAAGUGAUCAAUGUGUGCAACCCCUAAAUAUUAUCCAAUCUUCUUGAAAUUUGGCAUAUAUAUCUUUUACAUCACUGAGACUCGGGGCGUAAGCAAAGUCAUAUGAAAAUCACAUCUUUGGAAAAAUGAA